AAGGCGUUAGAGUGUGCAGGUUUCAUAUCAGAACAACAUAGCCUAUAAUUAUUACAGAUAGAAUUUAAUAAUGCUCUUCUUACUGUUUGUCACUGUUUGUGGAAGUAGCAUCGGCGUAGAGAGCCUCCCGUUGCCCGACUCGGGUCCACAUUUGGCAAAUGACUGGGGAGAAGCCGUCCGGCUCCGACAUCUGUAUGCAGCCAGACACGGUUUACAUCUGCAAAUACACACAGACGGGAAAAUAAGUGGAUCGUACAUGCAAAGUUCUGACAGUCUGAUUGAGAUACGACCGGUGGAUACGGGCUGUGUCGCUAUCAAAGGGGUUGCAAGCUCCCGAUUUCUCUGCAUGGAUAGAAUGGGAAAACUGUAUGGAUCGCUCUCUUACACUAAGGAGGACUGCUCUUUUUUGGAACGCAUCUUGCCAGAUGGCUACAACAUCUACAUCUCAAGCAAACAUGGAGCACUUGUGAAUUUAGGUGGUGGAAAAAGCAAGUUGCACAGUAAUGACGGGACGGCUGCAUCCCAGUUUCUGCCCAUGGUCAACACACUUUCUCAGGAACCUACCAACCACCUUUCAGGGCAGCAAAGCUCUCCGGUUGACCCUGAAAAGGACCAACAGUUGGGCCUUGAAAUAGACAGCAUGGACCCUUUUGGAAAGAUCUCUCAAAUUGUGAUCCAGAGUCCCAGUUUCAACAAAAGAUGAGGACUAAACAAUCACCUGUGGAUGUUCUAAGGAGUCGACCCAGAGGUCGAGAAACAGAAGACUGUAUAAAAUCAGUCCCGCCUUGAACCAGAGCACAGGGCCAGAUUUUCAGAAACAGAAAAUGUUAGAAGGUCCAGUGAAAGCAAACUGCACGCUAGACACAGUCACUAGACAAAAGUAGUGUUAUAGACUGGAAACAAAAAACAAUAUCACUCCUAUUUUAUUUAUUUUUCAAUGUGUUUGUGAUGACCUUGCUUUGUAAUUAUUGUUUAAAACUUUAUAGUUAAUACAGUAUUUACUAGCCAAAUCUAGAAUGCACUGUAAAAGCAUAUAUUUUAUAUGUAUUUUUUAUUAUUAUUUUGAAAGAGGACAUUCUACAAUUGUUAAAUACUUUUAAAAUACAAUCACUAUAUGCUAAAUGUGGUUGAAUGGUUUUCUUAGAUGCCUUAUCAGCUUAUCAAAUAGAAGAGUUUCAUUCUUAAAUAAAAUAUUACCAGCAGCAUGUGUUCAUCUUUCAGAAUGAAUAAAAACUACUCUACUUAAAAAUGGAGAUGUUUUAUCCUUGAUAUUGCUGACUAUAUGGCACUUCUACAAAAUACUAAUGUAUUGUAAAGAUCUGUUUCCAGAAAAAAAACACCUGAAUGAAUUCAGUGGAUGCUCUUGAAUAACAUGGUCUACAAUAUUGAUAGGAAUAGGAACGUUUUUGUAACAGUGUGGCUCCCUCUAC